AUGACCGACAGAUUCACAUAUGUCAUUGAGCAUAUGGAGGAAGAUGAAGAGACCUCCAAGGCGAUCCCAAAGUGGGUAGAGCUGGAGUAUAUGCAUAUGCGCACCCUCGCAGGCCCAGAUGCGCGUGUUAAAUUCACGCACCUCUCUCAACCAUCGUGCAAUACAUUGUCGUCUCUAUUUUCAAGCGGAAAGGAUGGACCCGGUUUCGCAGAGGCAUCUGCACACUCCUCACCGGUGUUGGAGCUGAUGAAGUCUGCCGAUGUUCCUAUGGAAAAGGUUUGCCUCUUGGAUCCUAAGGCAGAAAAGGAAAUAUCACCCGAAGACGGCGACGGCCGCUUUGCAUGGUUCCUGUUCGGCGUGAGCGACGACCCACCCCGCGACAGAACGUCGGAGCUCCGCGUGCUAGGGUUUCCUACCAGGCACCUGGGCCCUGUACAGAUGACAACCGAUACAGCUCUUGGAGUCACGAAGCUUGUAGUGCAGGACAAAAUUCCACUACGCAAAAUUCCCUUCGUUGAUUAUCCGACAAUAACGUUCAAUGCAAAAGAGAGCGUCGAAAUGCCGUUCCGGUACAUUGCGGACGAUAAGAAGGAACCCAUACUACCGCCGGGCAUGCAGGAACAUCUUCAGGAAGAUCUCAACAAAAGUUUCGACUUCUAA